AUGCUCUACUCCGCCAAAAAGAACCCCACAGACCUUGAAACCGCCUCCACCACCGCCCCUGCUCCCGCCAAACUUAUCUUCGCCCCCACAGGCGGCAGCGCGGACCCCACAAAAGCCGUGCAAUACCUGCAAGGCGAGCUCUCGCGCGCCUCCCUCUCCGCCUCCCCGCUCACGCAAUUCCACGCCUGGUUCGCGGCCGCCCACGCCGCCAACGUGUACCAGCCGGAGACCGUGACGCUGGCGACGGCCUCGCUGCCCUCAGGCGCCGUCUCCGCGCGCGUCGUCUUCCUCAAAGAGCUCGACGAGCGCGGCUUCGUCGUGUACUCCAACUGGGACACGUCGCGCAAAGCCGCCGACGUGGCGUCGAACCCGCGGGCCGCGCUGACGUUUUGGUGGCGCGAGGUGGAGCGCCAGGUGCGCGUCGAGGGCGCGGUGGAGAGGCUGAGUAGUGCGGAGAGCCAGGUGUAUUAUGACACCCGCGCGCGGGGGAGUAGGAUUGGGGCGUGGGCGAGUCCGCAGAGUAAGGUGCUGGAGGGACGGAAGGAGCUGGAGGAGAGGGUCAAGGGCGUGGAGGAGAGGUUUGAGGGGGUGGAGAAGAUCCCGGUUCCGGAUUUCUGGGGGGGCGUGAGGAUUGUGCCGGAGGCGGUGGAGUUUUGGCAGGGGAGGGAGAGUCGGCUGCAUGAUCGGUUUAGGUAUGAGAAGGAGGGCGAGGAGUGGAGGGUGGAGAGGUUGAGUCCGUAG